CGAAAUCAUAGACUUCCAGCAGCCAUUUAUCUCUUUUCGAUAUAAUAUGUUUCCGACAGCAAGUCGACUAGCUGUCAAGCCCUCAGGCUUUUUUAAACGGAGCGCAGAGGAGCUGAGUCGGUUGUCAAGAAUUGCAUGGAACACCGAGGCUCUUAGCACACCAACCAAGCCGUAUACUCUACUCGACUUUGAAGAUGAAGCAUCCGUUGCGAGCUGCAAGACCAUGGCCGACCGUGCUGUGGGAGGGUUCAGUACCGCCAGCCUCGACUAUAUCCCCGCCGAUUCUUCAACAAACACUCCUGCGCACGCGAGGUUCCAUGGAACUAUCUCAACCAAGCUGCCCAAUAACUGGAGGGUAGAAAGGACAGGAUACGCCGCCUUCCGCAACCAAGACCGGGGCUUCUGGCUUUUUGGCCGGCUAUACUGGGACCUUGACCCGUACACCUACCUAGCACUGCGAGUCAAAUCCGAUGGCCGUCGCUAUACUCAUCGAUUAUACACCCGCCACCACCACGUGCGGAACUCCGAAUCCUCAUCCUACGAUCCCCUUUCACCAUACGCAUCACCCGAAGCUGCAGAGUCGCCCGAACUCGCCGAAGCCAAAUAUCCCACCGGAAUCCCGCCUGCUCUCUCCGACGUUCCACCGCCAUCCACUAUUAUGUCGUCUAUGUCCGCGACGACAUCUGGUUCGACCGGAUGGGAGACAAUUCUGCUACCAUUCAACUCCUUUGUCCGGACUAAUCAUGGGCUUGUUGUAGAGCCUCAGACUUCGAUCAUCAGACAGCGAGUGAAGAGUGUGGGCAUUGGUUUAACCGAUCGGGUCGAAGGCCCUUAUGAUCUUCGCAUACAUCGUAUCUGGGCUACAAACGGGAUGAGUGAAGCCGAGAUUGAGGAGGAGCGUCGAAUUUGCGGAACAGCUGCCUUACCUGUUGAUGAGGGUGUCCGAACGGGACUUGCCCUUAAGCCCUUCCUUCACCAACCAGUCUCUCAGGAACUGCUUAUCGAAGCUCUGCUGUCCACGGCCGACCUCGUACGAAUCUUUUGGCCAGAACCGAGACGAGUCUGGCGUGAGCACCUCGUCCGCCAGAACGACCUCGUUCGUCUCCUCGUCAACGCCAAACUCGAACUUCGUAUCUGCGAUGAUCACGCCCCGAGUAAGCGCAGGAUCCCGCACCUUUAUCCGGAUGGAUAUUCUCAUCAUGCUCCCCCUGCUCCGCCUUUGUACUAG